AUGACUGAGCUUACUCGCACCUUGCCUGCCUCAUGGUACUGCAAUGAGCCCCUCUAUAAAAUGGAGCGCAGGGCGGUUUUCCUCAAAUCCUGGUACUUGCUCGGUCCUGUGACGCGAUUCCAGAAAGUCGGCGAGCAUGCCGACUAUGAAAUUGCCCAGCAGCCCAUCUAUGCUGUUCGCUUGUCCGGCGAGACUCUGAAUCCUGUCGCUGAGGAGUUGAAAGUGUUCCAUGCAAAGACGGUAUAUCUCGAUGGAGAGCAAAGCCUCAAGGUGCCUGCACACAUCGCGGAUCCCAAGAAGCCCGAUGAUGGGUUGUUCCUGUAUUUCUUCCCUAAUUGCACCCUUAACGUUUACGGCGGUGGUAUGUCGUCUUUCCGUGUGUGUCCGACCGCAGAUCCCCAAGUUACUCGCAUGGAAUUCGACUACUACCAUUUGGCCGAGGGCGAGAAAUUUGAGGAAUACUUCAAGUUUGUCCGGCAGGUUGCAAUGGAGGACUUUGAACUCUGCGAAAAGGCUCAGGACAAUUUGGCCAAGGGCGUUUACCAUGAGGGUAUCUUGAACCCAGAGAAGGAGAACGGCGUUUCUUACUACCAACAGCGAGUCUUCCAGAUGGUCUGUGAGCAGCAUGCGGCCGAUCGCGCGUCCAAGCAGAAUGGCGAGUCGGUGUCGAAAGAUCAAGUUACGCCAUCUUUGGUGCAGAUGGAAGCUUAG